AUGCUUAAUGAACACUCAAAAGUCAGUAUUGCUCAGAUUGCAUUCUACGGACCGGCUGUUAUUGCUGCUGUUGCUUUACUACUUUUUCGACGCGCAGUCCGAACGCUUCCUCUAUUUCCAUGGAUUGUCCUUUUGAUUUUCACUCUUGUUCGUCUAGCCGGAGGCAUAGUUGUCAUUCUUUACGAAAAUCAACCUUCGAGCAAUGGACUCCUGAUAGCUACAUUGAUCCUGUUGAAUGUCGGGGUGUUUCCUUGCAUUGCAGCUACAAUUGGUUUAAUCAAUCUCAUAACAUUCAUUGACUUCCGCAAAAACAAAGCCCUCGCAAAGAUCAUCAUCUGUUCUCGAUUGCUUUUCCUUGCGGGUGUCGCUGUCCUUAUUACGGGUGGUUGUCUCCAAGGUAGUGACAGCCCGGAUGACCAGGAAACUGGAACGAAACUUGUACGAAUCGGCUAUUGUAUCGUGACUGUUUUUGUUGCUUGCCUUCUUUCAUUCCAGCUAUUCUUCUGGUCAAGGAAGAGUAAGCUUAGCCAAACAAGCUUUUUAGUACUCCGUAACGCGUCCCUAACAAUGCCGUUCUUCGUCGUACGCCUAACUUACGCCUUUCUUUCCAUAUACCGGGCUGAUCAGACAUGGAACUCGCUGACUGGCCCAGUUGUUCCAUUCAUUGUCAUGGCGUUGUUGAUGGAGUAUUGCGUGGUUAUCAUUUACUUGUAUACAGGAUACAAAAUCGGGUAUCCAGAGGAACACACUACGCGUAUUGCUGGCCAGGCAAUAGAGUUGAAGACUUGA